UACCCCGUUCCCUCACCAUAUCAUAUAUCCCUUCCUUCUUUCAUUGGAAACAGUAAUAUUUCUAUCUCACCUGCCAGGCGCCGUUCCCCUUUCUUCUUACCUAUCUACACUCUCUCUCUCUCUCUCUUCCUUUUACAAAAUCCAGUUUUUACUCACUCUUCUUCUUCACCCUAGCCACACAAAAUUAUUGACCCAAUUUUUUCUCCUUCCACACAAACAAAAACUCAUACACUCACUACCAACACAUCAAAAAAUUCAAGUCACACAAUAUAGAACACAAUCAUGUUUAUUUCUUCACCAAAUGUUCCUCGCUGGCUUCAAGUCCUCCUCACUGAGAAGUUCUACAACGCUUGCAUAAUUCAUGAAGAGGCAAGGAAGAAUGAAAAGAACGUGUACUGUUUGGAUUGUUGCAUCAGUCUCUGCCCUCACUGUUUGGACCCUCAUCGCUCACACAGACUCUUGCAGAUUAGAAGAUAUGUCUACAAUGAUGUUAUAAAGUUGGAUGAUGCUACCAAGUUAAUUGACUGCACUCUUGUUCAAUCCUACACCACCAACAGUGCAAAAGUGGUAUUUCUACACGAAAGGCCACAUCCAAAGAACAACAGUUUGAGAGGCUCCGGCAAUUUCUGCACCACCUGUGACAGAAGCUUGCAAGACCCAUAUCAAUUCUGCUCUCUCUCUUGCAAGAUCAACCACCUGGUGAAAACAGCGGCGGGUUCAAUCUCCGGCCACCUGUUCGAGUGCAACUACAUGGCGUUGCCGGAGACUGGCUCCGACGACGGUCUGAUGACCCCUGACACGGUGCUUGAACCGGCUGGUUCAGCCCGCACGUCGUCUGGUUCCGGCGGGUAUGGUGGUGCGGUGGUGGAUUGCAUGGCGGCACUGGCUUGCACCGCCACCACUGAGGUCGUGAGGAAGAAGAGAACCAGCUGUUCCACUUUCAGGCCGCCGUGCCGUCCGGCGUGCUCCCCGGUGUCGGAAAUGGCGGAAAUCUCGGCGGCGCUGAUGAACCGGAGGAAAGGGAAUCCUCAGAGGGCCCCACUGUAUUAGAAAUGAAGAAAAUCUCCAAAAAAAAGAGAAACUUUUGGUAUUUUAUAAUUUAUAAUUAAAUUAUUAAUUACUAAUAUUCUAAAUAUUAUUAGGAAGUUUAGAUCUUGGGUAAUGGGUGGGUACUAAUUAUUAUUAUACCAUACAUGGAAGAAAAAGUUCCAAGUUUUUUUUGUAGAUUUUCACCCUGUUAUGUCAUGUAUUGCCCCUGGUUUCUUGGAUUACAAUGUAGUAUUAAUGGUUUAUUAUGACUACAUUUUGCUACAGCAAACAGAUCCUGAUUAAGGUUUAUUACUGU